AAUUACUAGCACAGGAGGAGAAAAUAUGCGCGGCUAUCUUUCACAAGAUACCCUGGUAGAGGUUCCGGCAGUUGUAUUAUGGGAUGUCUACCGUAGUCUCCAACUCGGAAAGCUCGCCAGUGAACUACUUCGAGAUUUUGUGAGCAAGGUGGAAUUUGUCAAAGGUGAUGGAGGCGCUGGAACUAUUGUAAAGAUCACAUUUCCUCCAGGAACUCCUGGACCUGGUUAUAUGACGGAAUUGUUCACAAAUAUUGAUGAUGAGAUACGCUUGAAGGAAGCAGAAAUCAUUGAAGGAGGAUUCAACAGUGUUGGAUUUGAUCUUUAUCGAAUUUGCUCGCAAAUAAUUGAGAAAGAUGCUGAAUCAUCUAUUGUCAGGUCGUCAAUAGAGUAUGAAAUAGAUGAUAAGCUUGAAGAAAUUGCUUCUCAGGUGACUACGAAGCCACUGGAAAUAAUGGCAGAAGUUGUUGGCAAAUAUCUCAAAGAAAAAAGAAGCUCCACUAAUUAG